GUUGUUACACUUUCCCUAUUUAAUUUCCCAAUUCGAAAAAUUCCCCUUUUUGUCUGUUUACAAAAUUCAUUCUGAGCGGGAAAAUCUUCAAAGUUUUUUCCAGUUUCAAAACCGAAGAAGAAUGGAAAUGGAGAACAAAGAUGUUGCUAUGGAGAAAACCGAUGCCGUUCCGAUCGAAUUACCUGCUCCUCCUGGCUGGAAGAAGAGAUUCACUCCAGGAAAGAGCAGUACCCCUAGAAGGAAUGAUAUUAUAUUUGUUUCACCUGAUGGAGACGAAAUUAAGAACAAGAGGCAAUUGGACAAGUAUCUGAAAUCACAUCCAGGAGGACCUCCUGCUUCUGAAUUUAAUUGGGGUACAGGUGACACUCCUAGACGAUCAACUAGAUUGGGUGGAAAAUCUAAAGCAACGGAGACACCAGAAACUGAUACUCCCAGUACGAAGAGACAAAGGAAAUCAAGUUCCAAAAAAGAAGCCAAGGAGGAUGGUGGCGCACGAGAAGCUGAGGGUGCUACUGAGAAAGAAGCUAAGGCAAGUGAUGAACCUGCUUUGCCUGAUGCAGAGGAUCUAGAAGUCCAAGAUGUAGAGAUGGCAUCUAAGAAUCUCACCGAUGGAGAUAACAUAAAGGAUGAGAAGGAGAAGACCAAUGAUGGUGAGAUUGUCCCCAAGGAGCCUCAGGCAAGUGAAGAUAAGAUGGAAAUUGUGCAUGAAAAAGAAGAAACAAAGGAUGAGAAGGAGAAGAUCAGUGAUGGUGAGAUUGUCCCCGAGGAGCCUCUGGUAAGUGAAGAUAAGAUGGAAAUUGUGCAAGAAAAAGAAGAAACAAAGGAUGAGGAGGAGAAGACCAAUGCUUGUGAGAUUGUCCCUGAGGAGCCUCCGGAAAGUGAAGAUAAGAUGGAAAUUGUGCAAGAAAAAGAAGAAACAAAGGAUGAGGAGGAGAAGACCAAUGCUGGUGAGAUUGUCCCUGAGGAGCCUCCGGAAAGUGAAGAUAAGAUGGAAAUUGUGCAAGAAAAAGAAGAAACAAAGGAUGAGGAGGAGAAGACCAAUGCUGGUGAGAUUGUCCCUGAGGAGCCUCCGGAAAGUGAAGAUAAGAUGGAAAUUGUGCAAGAAAAAGAAGAAACAAAGGAUGAGGAGGAGAAGACCAAUGCUGGUGAGAUUGUCCCUGAGGAGCCUCCGGAAAGUGAAGAUAAGAUGGAAAUUGUGCAAGAAAAAGAAGAAACAUUGGAUGAGGGAAACAUAGAGAAAAUGAAAAAUCGAGAAGCGGAAGAUAAGCCUCUGGAUAACAGCCUUAAAACUGACAAUAAAACGCUUCCAUUGAAUGUGUUUGAAGAAAAUAAGAUUGAGAGUAAACCAGCUGGGACAGAUGCCUCAUCUCUUUCUGCUGAACUCAGCAAGGCAAGCUCAGGUAGCCCAGAAGAAAUUGCAGAAGAAGCUCCUGCCGCUGAAGAUGCACUGGAUGUGGUCGAUGAAAAUAAGAUAGAGAGUAAACCAGCUGGGGCAGAUGCCUCAUCUCAUUCUGCUGAACUCAGCAAGGCAACCUCAGUUAGCCAAGAAGAAGCUCCAGCCGCUGCAGAUCCACUGGUUCAGAAUUCUAAUGAUGGUAAAGUACACGAAAACGAGCAGAUUGACAGGGAGAUUCCAAUUGAGGAGAUCAUUGGCACAGAAUCAGCUGCAGCAGGUGUUAACAGUUCCGUGCAGCAAUAACCCACCGUAAUCGACCAAGCCACCUCAAGUUAACUUUUUUAUAUCUUUUAGUAUAAUACUGUGUAUCAUCUGCCCUUUAUUUCUUCUUGGCCCUGAUUUAGGUAACUGACAAACAGCAUUAAGCAUGCUCUUCAUAGUUAAGACUUCUUAGCUACUUAUUUUGUGUUACAUUUGUAUUGCCGCUGUUAUCAUCGACAUUGAUCAGCUUAUAUUCUAUUAAGGUCUCAGCAGGGUACUUCAAAGUUUGCUUAAAGUUGCAAUAACAAGUUAUUUCAUCACUUUUUCGA